UGGCAACGCUUUUCUCAUUAUUUGCCGCCAAAAUAAUUAUUAGUGUUUAUUUACGAAAGCCGCACGCAAAAUCGAAGAAAGGACAACGAAUGGACGUGGAAAUAAAGCAGCAGUUCGACGAGAUGGGCGUGGAGCCCGCGGACGCUGUGCUGGACAGAUGCGUGGAGCUGGCCAUCUCGUACAACGUCCACGACGCCACCGAGUUCGUGGAGCAGUGGAUGGCCUUCAGCUUGUCCCACCUCCAUGGCGAUGAUCCAGCGCUGGAGAACCUGGGUGACUUCGAGCGCAAGGUGCUGCAGCUGCGAAAGGACAAAGUGGGCUCCAAGGCAUCCGUGUCAAAGGCCAAGUCUUAUGCUCCAUCCUCUGUCCAGGAGACGAGCUCGCUGGCCACCUAUGGAGCGAUGGAAGACGAUCCCAUGCUUGACGACUAUGUCAGCGAGUCCGUGGCAGACUCAUCUGCCAUGCACACGCCCAAGGCUAAGAAGGAUUCGGGACGAGCCUCCAACCUCAAGGGCGGAGUGCUCUUCAGCCCCGCCAGCUACACACCGCAAUCCGCCAAGAGAAACUCAACGAUUGGAACGCCAAACGCCUCUGUGGCCGGUAAACCAGGCGACAUUGUGGACUCCUUUGGACACCCCAAACUGCUGGCCGGUUCCAGCUGGCAGUCGCAAAUGGAGCACCAGCUGCCUGUCACCCAAAAAUUGCUUCACAAAGACGCCCCACUGACCCUCGCCAAUCUGGGCUACAUGAACGAUCUGCUGGGCGAGCGAUGUGAUGACCUGCACGACCGUGUUGAGGACACCGGACGGGCGCUGGUGGACAAGAAACUCGGAGCAGCGGGAGCGGCCGAGUGCAGUUGGUAUCCGCACGACAAGCAGGCUCUGCAGGCUGCAGGUGGCCUCCAUGCGGUGGGCAUGAUCCACUCCGAGGACGAUGGCCCACUGGAUGCCCAUUCAGCCUGUUUGGCUGUUAUAGAUGACUCCACAGAUGAGGUUGAGGACAACUUCCUCUCACUCAACUUCUCUAGGAUUAGGUCAGCCAGCAUAUUUCCCGGCCAGGUGGUGCUCGCCAAGGGAUUUAUACCCAAGGGCAAGACCUUUGUCGUAGAGGAGAUCACAACGGAACGGAAACUGACGCCGCCCACUCCUCUUAAAGUGGACAGAGAGCUGCAGUUCGUGGUGGCCGCCGGACCCUUCACAGACAGCACGGAUCUGUUUUACGAACCGCUGCACGACCUGCUCAAGUACAUCAAGGAGCACAGACCCGAUGUUCUGGUGCUGACGGGUCCGUUCCUCGACGCCGAUCAUAAAAUCGUCGGCGAGCUGGCCGAGACUUUCGAUUCCUUCUUUGAGAAGAUGAUCGCUGGAAUAAUGGAGGCGGUUGGGAGCCACACCGCUGUGCUGGUGGUCAGCUGCCAGAAGGAUGCCAUGGCGCACUCUGUCUAUCCAACGCCGCCGCCCACUCUCCGCAAGACGUAUCCCAAUCUGCACAUGCUACCCGAUCCCUCGCUGGUCGAUUUGGAUGGAAUCACGUUGGGCGUCACCUCCACCGACGUGGUGGAUCAUCUGCUGAGCCACGAGUUCGCGGCAAAUGCCGGCGAGCGGAUGCACCGGGCCAUCAACCACUUGUUUCACCAAGGCUCCUUUUAUCCAUUAUAUCCGCCAGCGGACGAGGACAUGGCCUACGACUCCCAGCUGGCGCUCAAGUACGCCCAGAUUAAGCAGCUGCCCAAUGUACUCAUUCUGCCGGGCGAUCAGCGGCACUUCAUCCGCCUGGUCAGCGACUGCUUGGUGGUCAAUCCCGGUCGUCUGUCGGACAAGAAGGGCGGAACUUUCGCCCGGUUUCUGGUGGCACCCUCUGCGCCGGGAAAAGCGGCCAACAUGUUUAACAGUGUGGCGUGUCAAGUCAAACGUAUCUGACCACCCUAAUCAAUUGAUCAACUUUAAAAUAAUUAUAAUAAAAUAA